UCCAAGCUGAGCGACUGAGAAAUGGAGACUGCAGUCCUUUUUGAUCCUCAGCUCCAAACUCAUGGCUUCGCCCGCUCAAGUGCUGCCACUGGCCGUGCGCGUCACACGGCUGUACCGCCAAUCGCUCAAGCACUCGCUGUCGUGGGCUAUCGAUCGCCAGAUCUGGCGGAGGGAGGCACUCCUUCUGCGCGAGCGCUUCGACCUGAACAAGGCCGAGACCAACGAGAUCAAAAUCCGCGAUUUGGUUGAGGCUGGCGAGGCCGAGUUUGAGGCCAAGAGGCACCCAGACCCCUACAUUUUCCCGUCGGCCAUCGAUGGCUCAAAGUACGAGCGCAACGUCCCGCCACCGCCCGGCGUCCUGCACAUGACUCCCCAGGAAGAGGCCUGGUUUUACGGGGAUGCCGCCCCUGCGGCCGCCUCCAGCCACCAAUCCCACGAUCACUAAAUGAGCAGACGCUUGCUCAAGGCGGAGCUGCUCGUCGUUGUUGAUGCGCUCGCUUGAUGCCGAGUCCAGAGGCGUUGAAGCGACGACAGUGUGUUUGAUGUGUUUGAAUGCGAUUGUGUUUUGUGACGGUGUAGUACAGUAUAAAAAUCCUUCUUGUGUC